GCAGCAGAAGACAGCAGACAGUCCAAGCGGGAGCACACCAGAAGCCGAAGAGCAACUGGAACUGCAACUGGGAGACAAGAUGACGAGAUCGACCUACAUUUGGGCGCUGGCCGCCUGCCUGAUCGCCUGUGCGAGCGCCAACUACGGCAGUUCCCAGGGCUAUGGACACGAGUCCGGAAGCGGCGCCUCCGAUGGCGGUGCUGAUGCCGCUUCAGCGGCCGCAGCUGCUGCCGGCGGUGCCGGUGGAGCUGGUGGCGAGUACGGUGGUGCUAACGCCGGUGCUGGUGCUCUCGAAUCCGGAGCCGAUGCCGCCGGUGUGGCACAGGCUGGCCAGAGCAGCUACGGCUCCGACCAGAACAUCCCGUACAAGCCGGUGAACACCAAGGGCAACACCCUGACCUCAUCGAUCACCUACCCGCAGAACAAGGGCGAGAUCCUCAUCCAUCGUCCCGCUCCCAUCAUUGUCAAGCGUCCGCCCACCAAGGUGCUGGUGAACCAUCCUCCAUUGGUGGUGAAGCCCGCUCCCGUGGUGCUCCACAAGCCCCCAGCAAUCGUUCUCCGCAAGGUCUACGUCAAGCACCACCCACGUCGCGUCAAGGUUGAGCCCGUGUUCGUCAAUGUGGUCAAGCCCCCAGCAGAGAAGUACUUCGUCAACGAGAACAAGCAGGGCUACGGACAGGGCUCGCAGUCCCAUGGACACGGCCAUGGACACGGUGGCCAUGGACACGGACACAGCGGACACGGACACGGUGGACACGGUGCUGGACCCCAUGGUCCUGGACCCCAUGACGGUGGCCGUGCCCUGCCCGCCUACGCUUCGGGAGCUGAUUCCGCUGCCGCCAGCGCUGGCUAUCAGCUGCUCCAGAGCGGCAACCAGGGUCUGUCCGCUCUCGCCAACAUCGCCGGCGAGCGUGAGGGUCCCUAUGGUCCCGCCCCAAGCCAUCAGCACUAUAGCGCCGGUCCAGCCGGACAUGGCGGCUAUGCUGCUCCCGCCUAUUAGGUAGAAGAUGCGGAGGAGUUACGGAUUGGAUGACUGCUGCGGCUCCGGAAUCAACUGAAGCGGCUGGUUUAGUCAUCCGCUUAUCCGGCUGAUUAGUUACUAUGUUUUAAUAAAUAAAACACAGCCUGAUCGACCAACGCCCAUGCCUACGCCCACGCCCACUCAUGCACACCCCACUACCACCCACCCACCCAUUCAACGGCCCA